AUGCUUGAACGGAACUCCUAGAGGCAAGUCGUUUGGCAUCCGCGGCAAUAUUCGUUGUUUUUUUUCUGCGCACACAACAGACAGCAGCUGAUUUAGUUGACAGCUGAUCAUCGAUCCUAAUCACACUUGUUAUUACGAACGUCGAUAACUAAACGAAUCCAUGAUAUUGAGUAAUAAUUGCACGAUGACAAUAUUCCGUAAAUUUAGUCAUUAUGUACAGGGACAAAGUCCAGCGCCGAGAAUACGCGAGUAUUUUUAUUACAUCGAUCAUCAGGGGAUGCUAUUUCUCGACGAUACGAAGAUUAAAAAUUUUACCUCGUGUUUUAAAGAUAAAACGUUUCUAGCGUUUUUCUUUAAGAGACUAAGGAUAAAUGAUACUGACAGAUACAAACAUUUUCCAUACCUGUCACUAUGUGGUAGAGAAAGAAAUUUUGUAAGGUGUGAUGAUUUUCCAAUUGUUUUUACAAAUGUAAUGAAAAUAGAAAAUAAACUGACUAGGCAAAAGGAAGAUCAAUUUAGUUAUAAUCAUGCUCAUGAGCUAUUAACUGUGCCAUUUCAACCAAAUAAGAUCAUCAUGAGUGCUCAAACUGGUAGAGUAUAUCAUCCAGCUCCUGAGAGAGUUGGUGGUGUAGGCUUAGUUAAAUCAAGUUUAGCUAUCGAAUUUAGCUCGCUGUUUGAAUUUGACGAUGGAGAGGAUAAAUGUCCUACAAAAUUUAGGUGGCAGGAUAAGGAUUAUAAAAUAGACUCUGAUUGGUAUACAGAGAAAAAUAUCAAUGAAAGUCAUCUGUUGUGAAUAAUACUGUACAAGAUAAAAUUGAAUUGUAUAUAUUGUUAUAUUAAAUUUCUGAUCUUAGGAGUUAUCCCUGUAACAGGGAUAACUCCUAAGAUCAGAAAUUUAAUAAAAUAAAAUCAUCAAAUA